CGGAGCUACACAUGAACCUGUUGUACUGAAAACCCUCGGCACUCGCUCGGUUUACAGUCCUUUCGCUUAGCAACUUUUCUGUGAGAAUACUUUAAUAUCGAGUUGAUAACUUCUUAGCGGACAGAGGGAAGGUACACACAUACCCAGAAGGCGAAAAGAUGCCCACCACACUACGCCUCAUUCUCAUCGGUAAAACCGGAAAUGGAAAAAGCACGACGGGCAACUGCAUCCUGGGACUAGAGGCGUUUGAACAGCAUUCAGGACUGAGUUCGGGGACUGACAAAUGUGGAUGGAAAAAAGUCUCAGCUGACACCCUAGUUCUUGAGGUAACCGACACACCAGGAGUGUGUGACACUCACAAAGUUCCAGGUGAAGUAGAGCGUGAAAUCGCCAAGUGUGUGGCCACCAUGGUGCCUGGACCUGACGCCAUCUUGUUCGUGGUUAGAGGGAGGGAUAGGUUUACCAAGGAGGAGUUUGAGGCGUUCCAGAAUCUGAAAUCUGUCUUCGGCAAGGAAAUGACCAAGUACAUGAUUCUGGUCCUGACUCGCAUCACAGAACAGGAAUUUAAGGAUGCUCAACAAAAUACCCAACGACCUUUGCCCCCCAACCUGGUGAGAGUCAUGCGCGAAGCAGGAGAAAGGUGCGUAUGCUUCAGUGAAGACAAGAGCAAAUUCUGCAAGAACAUGGAGAGAGAAGCACUAAUCAAGAGUGUCCUUAACCUCAAAACUCAGAACAAGGAUUGUUAUUCUAAUGAACUCGUUAAGAAGUUCGACGAUGAAAUAACAGCAACUGCACAAAAGACAGGCACAACUGUCGAUGAUCUUAAAGAAAAGAUUGUCGAAGAAAAGGAUGAAGGACUUAUUUCCAGGAUUUGGAAUUUUGUGCCGAGAGUUCUCACAGGGAACGAUUACUGCGUCGUCAUGUAAUGAGAUUUGUGAUGAAGGACAGAUGAAAGUCUCACACUUGAUGAGUCACGUGUCAGGAUGAUACAUAGUUUCUAUGGAGACAUUCAUAUCUGUUAGACUGUAAAUAUCCCACGAGAUUAAUGGUAAAUACUAUCACUAGUUUGACAGCUGGUGUCUUGUUUUGAGAUGAUGUUAGCUAUAGCUAAUAUCAAGUAAUUUUUGGGAAAUCUCGCGAGAGAGAAGAAGUUCUUUCCGGUAGUUUUCCAGAAAACACACAAUGGUGGUUCAAACAGCCCAAGAUUUAGCGAAUGAUGUAGCCACCCCAAUCGUUUGUUGCUGGUUAUUCCUAGGUUCUGCGAGGGGGAAGGAGUAACCUUCACACAGUCAGCAAGUGUGAUGGCAGUGGAGUGCAAAAAGUUUCUUUUCUCAAUUGUUUCACAACCAGCAAGAACACUUUGUGUCGAUUGUUCUUCGAGAUUUUGUAAUCACUUUGACAUAAUCCGCAAGUAAAUAGAAGUAAUUAUUCUUUAGGAAAUAAGUUACAUUUUUUUAAAGCUUUGUUUAAUGCCAUAUCGUAUAAGCUGAGGCCAUUCUGUGUUUACAAUAACUGUUAUUUUGCUUUAAUUGAAAUAAACUUACUCGUUUACUAAAAA